AUGCAACCCGUUGUUCAAUCCAAUGAAUUAGGAACACUGAAAGGUGUCGAGGUGCGGUCAAAGGAUUCCGGCAAGAGUAUCUACUAUUUCGGAGGUGUUCCGUACGCCCUGCCCCCGCUGGGUCAAUGGCGCUUUCGGCGCCCCAGGCCUCUACCCGGAGGCCACCGUUACGACGGAGUCUAUGCCAGCAAGACACCCGUCUGCCCGCAACCAGAAUGGCUCGGAACACGACAUGAAUCGCUUUGGGGCGAAGACUGUCUGCGAGUAAACAUUUAUGUUCCUGCCGAAACGGCGCCCGCCGGUGGAUGGCCGGUUUUCUUUUAUAUCCAUGGCGGCUUUCUGCAGUUUGGAUCGCCGAACAUGGCGCCCGAAGCCCUUGCGCCUCUCUUGACCGAAACGGCGUUCCGCGGUAUUAUUGUACAACCGGGCUACCGACUCAAUGCGUUUGGUUUCCUUGCCAGCAAGGAGUUGCAAGCGGAAGCCACCGCUGACGGCCAAGCAUCUGAGUGGACGUACAAGCACAUUGGGGCAUUCGGCGGCAAUGCGAACAAUAUCACGGUUGGAGGGUACUCGGCGGGUUCCCACAGUACUUUUCAACAACUUGCCCACGAGCUUUUCCACGUCCCGCCGGAGCAGGCCAUCAUAAAGCGUGCCAUCAUGUGGAGCAAUAGCCCCGGCAUCCAACCGAAAGGGAUCGAGGAGCAACAAAAGCAGUUUGAUGAGCUGCUGUCAGUGCUCGGCAUCCCCGACUCGCUGUCUGGACAAGAAAAGUUGGAGAGGCUGCGGCGUGUCCCUGCCCGCGACAUUGUUGAUGUUCAAGCCAAGAUGAAAAUUACGGAAUUCCGUGCGACAACAGAUGACUCCUUCAUUUGUCCAGAUCAUAUUGCGCACAUCACCUCUGGUGAAUUCGCCCGACGAAUGAAGAGCCGUGGCAUCAAACUGAUGAAUGGCGAGUGUCGAGACGAGCACAAUCUGUACCGGGCCUGGAGGACCUCCGAAGACUCGUAUGAAGGCGUUCAUGUCAGACUUUGCGCCGAUUAUCCCGAGAUCGUGGUCCAAAAGACACUUCGUCACUAUUGCGGGCGAUCCAAGUCUCUGCCUCGUGGCUACAAAAGCUGGCAGGACCUAUUUGGGCAUAUUUAUGCCGACUUGCAGGUGCACCUUCUUGAACGCGGAUUCCACAAUACGCUGGCGCCCCUGUUGCAGCCUGGGGUUGAUCUCUUGCGGUACAGGAUCGAAUGGCGUGCUGCAUGCUCUCCCUACCCUCCUGAGUGGGAAGUCACUCAUGCGACUGACAUGGCCAUCUGGUUCUGGUACCCAGGAUUGACAGAACAAGACAAACAAAUCCUGAGACCAUGGAACAAGGCAUUUGCGCAGUUUGUCCAAGGAGGCGCCGUCGAGUGGGGCACCGCAGCACUGAGUGAUAUCAAACGUCUUCGCCCAGAUGGGCAAACUGAUGUUGUCCAUGUCGAUGAGAGAUGGGAUGAAGGUCUACAUGUCUGGAAAUUACUGAAUGAGAGCGAUAAUAAUGGUAAACUAUAA